AUGAACGGCAGCCAAUCACUCCCACCGCGGCGCUCAGCUCUCGUCCUGUAUGGCUCUGAAACGGGCAAUUCGCAGGAAGUCGCCGAGGAGCUGGGGGCGUUGGCGGAGAGAUUGCAUUUCCGGACCCAUGUGGGGGAGAUGAAUGUGUAUAGGCCGGAGGUAUUGAAAUCGCAUACGCUCGUUAUAUUCGUUGUCGCGACAACAGGACAGGGAGACUUCCCGGCCAAUGCGAGGUCGUUUUGGCGGUCGUUGUUGCUGAAGAGGCUUCCGGGGGACUUUUUGGAUGGGGUUCGGUUUGCGUCGUUUGGAUUGGGGGAUAGUUCUUAUCCGAAGUUCAAUUGGGCGGCACGCAAACUACACAAGAGGCUGUUACAGCUCGGUGCGAAUGAAAUAUAUGAUGCUGGGGAGGCGGAUCAGCAGCAUCCGGAGGGGUGGCCGAUACCGGAUGAUGUCCAGUUGCCGCCGAAAUGGAUUCUGAAGCUCCAGGAGGGAGGUGCUCCGACAGCACAGGAAGGACAUGCAGUUCCCGGCACACAUGAGAAUCUACCCGCCCCCGAUGAUAAUCCGAAGUUGACUCGAUUGGAUUAUGAUCUGCGACCUCUGCCUGAUACUUUGACGGCGACGCUUAGGGAGAAUAAGCGAUUGACUCCGCAGAAGCAUUGGCAGGAUGUGCGCCAUGUAUCCCUUACUGUGCCUGAACAUACGUCCUACGUCCCUGGAGAUAUGCUAUGCAUUACCCCCAAGAACUUCUCCACCGACGUGAAUGCUCUGAUCCAGAUGAUGGGGUGGGAAGAACAAGCUGAUCAGCUAAUCAGCUUGGUUCCUAAUAGCCAUAUUCCUGCUGAUGAUCUCCCUUUGCCGCCUAUUCGGGGUCUCGACUCCUACCCCCAAUUGACGCUAAGGGCGCUGCUUACAGACUACCUCGAUAUUCAAGCUAUCCCGCGCCGGUCCUUCUUUGCGGAGAUUGCGCACUACACGAGCGACGAGAUGCACAAGGAGCGUCUACUAGAGUUCACCUAUACUAGUCCCGAGUAUCUUGACGAGCUGUGGGAUUACACUACUCGUCCGAGACGGAGUAUUCUGGAAGUCUUGCACGAGUUUGACUCGGUCAAGGUGCCAUGGCAGCAUGCUAUCUCGGUAUUUCCUGUUCUCAAGGGGAGACAAUUCAGCAUCGCUAGUGGCGGCGAGCUGAAGAGGGGCCCUGAAGGCGGCACCAAGUUUGAACUGAUGAUUGCCAUUGUCAAGUACCAGACCGUCAUCAAAAAGAUCAGACAGGGUGUAUGUACACGUUAUAUAUCUGCGCUUCGACCUGGGAGCACUCUUAAGGUACAACUGCAGCGCGGUGGACUCAAUUCCUCCGUCAACCAGCUCGUUGGCCCAACCGUCCUAGUCGGUCCCGGCACCGGUCUGGCCCCACUGCGAUCUAUGCUGUGGGAAAAAGCAGCGAUUAUCAAGGCAUACCAGGAGGAAAAUCCCGGGGUUGAGCUUAGCAUCGGACCCACGCUUCUCCUCUACGGCGGUCGCAAUCGAGAGGCAGACUUCUUCUUCGAAGACGAAUGGCAGCAGCUCGGUCAGUUGACCAAGUUGAAUGUGCUCACGGCAUUCUCCCGGGAUCAAAAACAAAAAGUCUACGUGCAAGAUGUAAUCCGCCAGAACUAUGCACUGCUAUUCAAGCUGCUGCAUGACAUGGCAGGAUCGGUGUAUAUCUGCGGCUCCUCUGGACAGAUGCCCAAGGCAGUAAGGGAGGCGCUGACGGAAGCAUUCCAGCACGGCGCAGAGGUGGAAACCGAUCGAUUCAACGAACAAGGCGCCGAGCAGUAUCUGCUUGGCAUGGAGAAGACGGGACGCGCAGCUGCUGCUCCGACGGAUCGGUGUCUCUCUACUCUUCCCUCAAAACGGCUUCUUGCUCGCUUUAAGAUCCCUUUACCACAUAUUACUGUCAUAAUGAGCGGCUUGCGAAUUCUCGUCCCCGUUAAGCGGGUUAUUGACUAUGCGGUCAAACCCCGCGUCAACAAGGCCAAUACCGGCGUCGAAACCGCUGGUGUCAAGCACUCCCUGAACCCGUUCGAUGAACUCUCCGUCGAAGAAGCCAUUCGCCUGCGCGAACGCGGCACCAAGAACCAGAGCCCCAUGAAGGUCGAAAACAUCCUCGCCCUCUCCGCUGGCGGAGCCAAGUGCGCCGAUACCCUCCGCACCGCUAUGGCCAUGGGUGCCGACCGCGCAUUCCACGUCGAUGUCGGCGACAGCCCCGAUGGUGGUCCCGAGCCCUUGACGAUCGCCAAGAUGCUGCAGGGUGUGGUCAAGUCUGAGAACAUUAACCUGGUGCUGCUGGGUAAGCAGGCGAUCGAUGGCGACCAGGGUCAGACCGGUCAGAUGCUGGCGGGACUGUUGGGGUGGCCGCAGGCGACGCAGGCCAGCAAGGUCGAUAUCAAGGAUGCGGAUGGUACGGUGGAGGUAACGCAUGAGGUGGAUGGUGGUGUUGAGACGCUGCGGGCUAAGUUGCCCAUGGUUAUCACUACGGAUUUGCGGUUGAAUGAGCCCCGCUAUGCUACGCUGCCGAACAUUAUGAAGGCUAAGAAGAAGCCUUUGGAGAAGAAGACAUUGGCGGAUUUCGGUGUUGAGGAUAAGAAGCGCUUGAAGACUCUGAAGGUUACUGAACCCCCCGCUCGCCAGGGCGGUGGCAAGGUCGAGGAUGUUGACGGCUUGAUCGGCAAGCUGAAGGAGCUGGGUGCUCUGUAG